AUGGUGGUAACAAGCUUCCCAAUCAAAACAAUACUUCACAAACCAGAAUUGUCUGGACGAUUAACGAAGUGGGCAAUUGAGCUAACCGAGCAUGAUAUCGUAUAUCAACCUCGAACAGCAAUCAAAGCCCAAAUUCUGGCAGAUUUUAUUGCUGAAUUUAGUCCAGGAUUGAUGGAUAAUGCUCACAAAGAAUUGCGUCAAAACAACGGAGACGAUGAAGCUAUUUGGCAAUUAUUUGUUGAUGGCUCGAGCAAUGCAAAGGGAAGCGGCCUAGGUAUCAUCUUAAUCUCACCACAAGGAGAUCAAUUCCCUCAAGUUGUACAUUGUGGAUUUCACGCUACAAACAAUGAAGCUCUGAUUGAGGGACUGAAACAAGCAAAAGAAUUAAAAGUUCAACGUGUCCACGUGACUUCAGAUUCCCAAUUGAUCGUUAACCAAUUGAAUGGAGAAUAUCAAGCAAAAGAUGAGAGAAUGAACAAUUAUCUGAAAGAAGAGAACCAGCAAGCAGAUGCACUGACGAAUUUAGGAUCAGCAAUCCAAGUGCAAACAACUCAAAACGUCCCAUUGAUUUAUUUGGAAUCAUCGACAAUAAACAAAAAUUCCAUAGUGGAGCAAUCAUUUGUUAUUAUUGAAAACGAUGAUGAUUGGAGAACACCAUUCGUACAAUAUCUGCGGGAUGACAUGUUACCACAAGAUAAAAAUGAGGCCAGAUCACUACAACGAAAAGCAUCCCGCUACACAAUAGCUAACGGUAUUCUUUACAAAAGGUCAUAUCAAGGGGUUUUGCUACGAUGUUUAUCUCAAGACGAAGCACAAUAUGCCUUAGCAGAACUGCAUGAAGGUGUCUGUGAAAACCAUUCAGGUGGGCGAAGCUUAGCUAGUAAAGUCAUGCAAACUGAUUAUUAUUGGCCUACGCUUCCUGGCGAUGCAGCCACAUAUGUGGCUAAAUACUACUUCACAAAAUCGGUUGAAGCUGAAGCAUAUAAACAAGUCUGGGACAAAGAGAUAAAGCUUUGCUUCGCGUCACCGAGGCAUCCACAAUCGAAUGGGCAAUCAGAAGCUACUAACAAGACAAUCGUCAGCACCCUAAAUAAGAGAUUAGAGAACACAAAGGGAGCCUGGGCAGACGAACUCCCAGGGGUUCUAUGGUCAUAUCGUACAACAGUUAGAACUUCAACUAAUGAAACUCCAUUUUCUUUAACUUAUGGAACUGAAGCAGUGCUACCAGUUGAGUUGGCCUCCCAACAGCACGAUUUGAAUGGAAGCGAGAUGAGGAGAAUAACAUCACCCUCACUGAAGAGUUAG